AUGGAACCCCAACAACAGCCAAAUGAAGAGAAUGGCGACAGUGGGAAAGGAGGGUUUGUUUGUAGGCAGAGUAGUACACGGUGGACACCCACCACUGAGCAGAUCAGAAUAUUGAAAGAACUUUACUACAACAAUGGGGUUAGGUCCCCCAGUGCGGAUCAGAUUCAGAGGAUCUCCGCUCGGCUUAGACAGUACGGGAAAAUCGAAGGCAAGAAUGUGUUUUAUUGGUUUCAGAACCACAAGGCUCGCGAGAGGCAGAAGAAAAGGUUCAACACCACAACUAGUGAUCACCACGUCCCCAUGCAAAGACCUAAUAUUGCUGCUAAUGGUAAUAAUAACAACAAGUAUCCCAUUCCCACCAUAACUCCAGGUUAUUCUUCUUCAAAUGGCGUGCUUACUGUUGGGCAGAUUGGGAACUAUGGGUAUGGUAGCAGCAGUGGUGGUGCUACAUCUUAUGCUUUCUUUGACAAGAAAAGAUUCAUGGGAGAAGAAGAAGAUGAUGAUGAAGAAGGUGUUGCUCCACAUAUUGAAACCCUUCCUCUCUUUCCCAUGCACGGCGAAGAUCACAUCAAUGCUUUCUGCAGCAAUCUUAAGCCCCAAUCAGAUAGCUGCUACUCGGCGAAUUGGUACCGGUCCGAUGAAGGCGGCUACACCGGCGCUCGUGCUUCACUUGAGCUCAGCCUCAACUCCUACACCGGCAGAUCACAGGAUUCUAUCUGA